AUGGGCAGAGAAGAGGUCGGAGUGAGCAUGCAGCAGCUCACUCCCAUCAACCUCAGCCAACAUCACCAGGACCACAAGGAUCAGAAACAUCUUGGUGAUGCUCAGAAAAAGCUCCAAGACUGUAAUAGAAAAACAGAAUUUCUCCAAGAAAAAUCUUUGGAUAAAGUAACACCUGCAAUAGGUCCAUUGGAGCAGCACAUUGAGGAGUUGAGCCACCGUUUUGUGAUUGAGCGUGCCGUGGCGGAAGGAGCCAAGCACGCCAUCAAGGCAUUACAGCCCGGGAAAGGACUUGUUCAGGCUCAAGCAGCACUACUCGAGUCAAAUGAAAAGCUGGACCUCCUCAAAUAUGCCUUGGAAGAACGAGUUAAAGAACUUCCUGAUGGCCAUCCUAGGAAGGGUAUUACCACCGAGGAGCUGUCCCUUGACUCUGUGCAGAGCCAAACUGGAACAAAACCCCAGCCCAUAGCACUAACAGGUACCCUGGAAGUGCGACUCAAGGGCUGUCUAGAUAUUAUGGAGAAUGUACCUGGCAGACUAAAGGACCUGUCACAUGUUAUCCCUGGCAGGAAUCCACGUAGAGGAAGAUUCUCAUUUAUGGACAAAAUAAGAAGAAACAACCUCUGUGCUCAGUUGAAGAUUGACCACAUUUUAAAGGGUUCUACAAGUUGGCAAACUGUGUCUAAUCAAUCCUGGGAUGAAAUGUUUAAACUGGAUUUGAACAAGUCUCGAGAACUAGAAUUAUCAUUGUACUGGCAUGACCGGAGAUCACUGUGUGCCACCAAGACUCUGAGGUUAGAAGAAUUUCUGGUCAACCAGAAACAGGAACUGUGCCUACAGCUGGAGCCACAGGGCAUCCUUUUCAUCGAGGUGGCAUUUUCAUAUCCUUUACCCAAGAAAAGGACCACAUUUCAGAAGCUUAAGAAGUUGUUCUCCAAAAAAAAAGGAAAUACCAUCCAUCCAGCUGCAGACAUUAAUGCAGUAAACAAAUCUCUUCCGUUGUCUUUAGAGGACACUGAGAGUGUGAAGCCAUCAACACCAGCUGUGGCUGCCUUAAUGGAAGAUGCCAUCAAACCAUUGCCAGAGGAAGAUAUCAUUAUUGACCCUCUUCCACUGCGGGUAGCAGACACUAACAGCUUGGAGCUACCACCACCAGCUGUCACUUCCUUUACAGAAGACAUCAUUCUACCAUCUCCAGAGGAAGAUAAUAUUAUUGAUACCUUUCCAUUGGCGGUAGCAGACACUGACAGUUUGGAGCUACCACCACCAGCUGUCACUUCCUUUACGGAAGAGAUCAUCCUACCAUCUCCAGAGGAAGAUAAUAUUAUUGAUCCCUUUCCAUUGGCGGUAGCGGACACUGACAGCUUGGAGCUACCACCACCAGCUGUCACUUCCUUUACAGAAGACAUCAUCCUACCAUCUCCAGAGGAAGAUAAUAUUAUUGACCCUCUUUCAUCAGCAGUAGCAGACGCUGACAUCUUGGAGCUAGCACCACUAACUGUCACUUCCUCAACAAAAGAGAUCAUCCAACCAUCUCCAGAAGAAGAUAUAAUUCUUGACCCCCGGUACCAAUCCGCUACAACUUUCUUUACAAAAGAGAUCAUCCAACCAUCUCUAGAGGAAACUGUAAAUAUUGACAGUGCUCCACUGCCAGAGAGUGUAGAGCAAUCACCAAGAGCUGACGUUACCAUUAUAGAAGAGGCCAUUGAACCACCUCCAGAGGACAAUGGCACUCUUUCAUUGCCAGAAGAGGACUUGAAAAACCAAGAGCCAUCAUCGUCGGCUAGUAUUCAGGAAGGGUUUGCGCUGACCAUUCAGGAUUUCGAUUGCCUCUCUGUGCUGGGCAGAGGACAAUUUGGAAAGGUCCUGCUUGCCGAGUACAAAUAUACAAAGACCGCAUUCGCCUUAAAAGCCCUGAAAAAAAAAGAAUUAAUUGCAAAUAAUACUAUCUAUAGGCUUGAAUAUGAGAAGAAAAUCCUGCAGACCGUAAGCAGCAUACAACACCCUUUCCUUGUUAAUCUCAUUGCAAGUAUCCAGACUCCAGACUAUGUCUGCUUUGUGAUGGAGUACGCCGCAGGUGGAGACCUUCUAGCAAGUAUUAAGAAAAACAACUUGUGUCCAUUUUCAGAAACCAGAGCUAUGUUCUAUGCUGCGUGCUGUGUGCUGGGCCUAGAAUUCUUGCACAAAUCCAAUAUUGUUCACAGAGAUCUCAAAAUGGAAAAUGUUGUUAUAGACAAGGACGGAUACGCCAAAAUCACGGACUUCGGUCUUAGCAAAGAAGGGAUGGGAUACAGAAAUCGAACCAGAACAUUUUGUGGCACCCUGGAUUAUAUGGCACCUGAAAUGGUUAUGGGAAGAUCAUACACAAGAUCUAUCGACUGGUGGAGUCUUGGCGUUGUUACUUACAUGAUGCUGACUUCAGCGUUUCCCUUCCCAGGUGAUAAUGAAAGAGAGUUGAUGGGUCACAUAGUCUACACUAAAUCCUACUAUCCGGAGUUCCUAUCUGUGGAAGCAGUCUCAAUAAUAAGAGGUCUUUUAAAUAAAAAUCCCAGAGCCCGUCUCGGUUCCAGCAAGGAUGAUGCCAUGGAUUUGAAGUUACAUCCUUUCUUCGAAGACAUAGACUGGAUUGCAUUGCUGUGCAAAGAUAUCAGACCUCCAUUUGUGCCAGACAUUGACCGACCAUAUGACGUCAGUAACUUUGAAACAAAAUAUACAUCACAGGCCCCCAUUCUAACACCUUCAGAAGAGCCACUGACAGCGGAAGAGCAAGAUCUAUUUCAAGGUUUCGACUGGGAGGCCGACUACGUUGAAGAAUGA